AUGACCGACAAACUCCCCCAUCAGCUGCUCGCGCUCUUCGCGCCACGGCCGCCUCUGCGCUGGGUGCCUCCAGUCGACCACGCGCCUGAAGAGCGUCGCACGGCUCCCGUGUCUGGCCUGGCCCAGUUCCUCCCGGCGCUGAAAGAAUACAAGGACAACGAUGGCUUUGUGCCGACAGAGAGCUGGCUGCAGCGGCGCGACCGCAAGGUGGCCGAUCACAAGGCAGAGGUGGAAAAGCGCCUGAUCGAAGGUCCCAAAGCUUUCAAACCGUCUGAAGAUCCCAACAUUCGUGGCGACGCGUUCAAGACGUUGAUCGUUGCACGGCUGAGCUACGAGGCCGACGAGCAGGACCUGGAGCGCGAGUUUUCCCGCUAUGGACCUGUUGAACGAAUUCGCAUUGUAAAGGAUACCCAUGCCGACGAAAAGGGCAACAAGAAGCGUAAACCCCACCGCGGUUACGCAUUCGUCGUAUUCGAGCGCGAAAAAGACAUGAGAGGAGCCCUCGACGCCUGUGACGGUAUUCGCAUCAAAGACCGCCGCAUCAAGGUUGACGUCGAGCGCGGCCGCACCAUGAAGGAGUGGAAACCACGGCGUCUCGGCGGCGGCCUGGGCGGGCGUGGCUACACAAAGGCGGCUGCCACGGGGCCGCCCACCGGUCGUGGAGGGUUCCCGGGCCGUGACGGCGGCGGUGGGUUCCGCGGUGGCGGAUUCCGCGGCGGUGGAGGGUUUGGCGGUGGCCGGGACCGUGAUCGCAACGGUGGCGGGUUCAGAGGUGGUGACGGGGGCCGAAGCGGCCGUGGCUUUGACCGUGGGUUCGGCGGCUCUCGUGGUGGUGACCGUGCCUUUGGUGAUGGCCCAGGCGGCGGCCGGCCCGAGCGCCGCGGCUUCGGAGCCAACGGUGGUGGGCAUGAUUCGCGGGACGGCGGAAGCCGCUCUUCCUUGGACGACCGGCCCAGCGGCUACCGCGAGCGCGACUACGACCGAGGCGACAGAGAACGCGAUCGGGAUCGUGACCGGCGCGGCGGCGACCGCGAUCGCGAUGGAGGACGGCGCACUGGAAGCAACAUGGAGCCGGUACGACCUAGGGACCGGGAUCGGGAUCGGGACCGUGGUGAUCGUGCCGAUCGGAGCGACCGAGACCGUGACCGUGGCGACCGGGAUCGUGAGUCUGGUGGGUAUCGUGACCACGGCAGCCGCGACUACGACCGGCAACCGCGCGGCGACGACGACUCGCGGAAACGCGGCUUCGACGGACCCUCACACGAAGAAACAAGGAAACUGCGCCGGUACCAGUGA